AGAAAAGAGAUGGGUUCAAUGGCUCUGCAGUACUGAACAGUAAAACCCUAGAAACUGCAUGCGGUAUCCAAAAUCAGGGAAACAAUGGCGGACUAUCUUCCAGAGGAGGUUGUCAAUAAGAUCUUGUCCAAGCUACCAGUAAAAUCCAUAUUAAGAUUCAGACCAUGUCUCACCAUCGCCAUCACCUUCAUCAUUGUGUCUUGAUGCUGUUGAGAUAAAUUACCCAUCCAAAUCUCCAUUUCAUUUAGUUGACAUUUUAGGUACAUGUCAUGGUUUGGUAUUGAUGAAUGUUACUCCUGGUUGUACACUUUGUCUAUGGAACCCGACCACCAGGGAUUACAAACUGUUAAAGAAACGCGUACCCAUGUGUGCAUCCAAGUCUUUAGCUGGUGUUAAAAUGAUGAGUUAUACGCACGGGAUGGGUUACGAUGGCGUGAAUGAGGAUUACAAGAUUGUGAUAGCUUCUUGUUUUGUGGAUCAUGAGUAUAGUAGUGAGGUGAUUGUGUACUCGUUAAAGACAGAUUCAUGGAAAAGUAUUGAGAGUAAUAAGAUUCCUCCUUACUCUAAUUACGGAGAUCAGGAUGGGGUGUGUUUAUGGUGUGCUUCAUUGGAUAGCUGAUCGUUUAUCUGUAAGUGGAACUAAAGAAGGUGUUAUUGUUGCUUUUGAUAUUGUUGAGGAUAGGUUUUUUCUUGAAGGUCUUGCUCAUAACCUGACCCCUGAGUUCUUGGGUGUCUUGGAUGAGGAGCUAGCCAUGCUUUGUAAGGUUAAUGGAAGUACUGUGCCUGGUUUCGAUGUGUGGGUUAUGAAGGACUAUCCCAGGAAAGAAAUGUGGACCAAAAUGUAUACCGUAAAUACCCAAAACCUAGUUCUUCCAGAACCAGCCAACUUAUGUCCGAUACAUAUUUUUAGGAAUGGUGAGAUUCUAUUGGAGAAGGACCGAGAUGAGAAGGAAUUAGUUUUAUAUAACCCAACGCUUGAUAGUGUCAGAAUGCUAAAGAUCAGUGGUGUUCCGAAAUGGUCUAUAAUAGAGUCGUACUUGGAGACUUUAGUUUCUCCUAACUUGGGUACUACAAUACAUAAUGCACUUAAGUUCGCGAAUUCUGAUCCAAAUAGCAUAUCUCCUACUGCUACUUCAGAGAAAGAACUGGGCAAUCAGUACUUCAAGCAGAAAAAGUUUGAGCAAGCAAUUGAUUGUUAUUCCAGAAGCAUUGCACUAUCACCAACGGCAGUAGCUUUUGCAAAUAGAGCCAUGGCUUAUCUCAAAACAAAAGAUAUGAAGAAGCUGAAAAUGACUGCACAGAGGCCUUAAAUCUGGAUGACUGCUACAUAAAGGCAUAUUCAAGGCGUGCAACAGCUAGGAAAGAACUUGGAAAACUUGAAUCAUCUGUUGAAGAUACCGAGUCUGCGCUGAGACUGGAACCGAACAACCAAGAAGUCAAGAAGCAGAAUGCUGAGGUGAAAGAUCUUUAUAACAAGGUAAGCUGGUUAUUCACUUUCAGUUGAUACUUAUUAGCAACAGCUGCCAGUAAAUUCCUGUUCAAAAUGGUUACACAAGAACAAUGAUAUGGGUACGAGUGUCGAUGAUGGGUGUGAAUAGAGGUACUUCAAAUAAAUUAGGAAAUUGGAACACGUGAGUUGGGUCAGGUUUAUGUUAUGAAUUCUUCUUAGAAUAGUUAGAUCCAGGAUUAGAUUCAAGAAUUAGUGAGAUAUUUUUCCUUCUCAUCUUACUUUACUUUUUUCAAGUUUAGAGAACUAAGUUGCAAAAUUUUGAAGUUUAACUGCUAGAAGAGUACUAGUAGUUUCAGUGUUUGUGUGUGUCUACACGAGUAACAGCAUCUACUGUAUGUGAAGAUUAAUUUUGGAAAACAUAGUGUUAUUAUACAAGUAAUUCAUAUCGAGUAAUCCCUGACAUUUUUUCUCUUGUUUGUCUGCAAUGUUUGGACGUUGGUUAUAUAUCAAGAGGUUCUUGAGAAGUCUUUAGCAGGCAGCAAAAUAUGAAUCGCCAGGACCUUCAGCCUUCCGACUUCCAUAACUUUUACAUGGUGUAUAGCUGUAUAUAUGAAAUCCAUAGAGGGAUUCGCUUGAUGUCUUAGACUUUCAGUUCCUCACUUUUUUUGCUGAUUAUAUUUGUAACCAAGGCUGAGAAACAUAGAACAGCAACAACUAUAACAGUUCUUCACUUUUUUGGCGAAUCCAUCUUCCUUUUGUCUACAUUAAUGUUCUUAUCAUUUCUCUGGUUUCACUUUAUUUAUCUAUGAAGCUUUACUGGCUUGUUUGGGUACCUGUGCUGAAGAGCUUUUCGCUAGUGUCAC